CCCCUCACAGGCACACGACUGCCACCAACAACACCACAGAGAUACCCACGCACAAUCGCAAAGAUGGUGCUCGCAAAGUCCAAGAAGGCCGUCGGCCUGGGCAACAGUCUCAUGAACGACAGGUUCGGGAAGGGCAAGGGUGCUGAUAUGCGCCGCGGUAACUUUCAAGGCGGUAUUGAGCGGACAAACCACCAGACCGGCGAGAAGUACAUCACCAACGAGAAGAAGGAGGCAUCGUGGGUGAAGAUGCGCUCCGUCACCGAGCAGGGCGACCUCGACGAGUUCCUGGAGACCGCAGAACUCGCCGGCACCGAUUUCACCGCAGAGAAGAUGAACAACGUCAAGAUUAUCCACAAGGAUCAGAAGAAUCCUUACCUGUUGUCUGCGACUGAGGAGCGCAACAUCGUCAAGAGACAGAAGGAAAACAGGCACAAGCUGACGGUGCCGAGGCGACCGAAGUGGGACUCGAAGACCACACCACAGCAACUGGACACACGCGAGAAGGAGGCCAUGCUGCAGUGGAGGCGCGGUCUUGCCGAGCUGACAGAGAACAACGACCUGCUCACAACGCCGUUCGAACGUAACCUUGAGGUUUGGAGGCAGCUAUGGCGUGUCAUUGAGAGAUCAGACCUGGUUGUUCAGAUUGUGGAUGCGCGAAACCCGCUCUUGUUCAGAUCCGAGGAUCUGGAAGUCUAUGUCAAGGAGGUCGACCCCAAGAAGAACAACUUGUUGCUGGUCAACAAGGCGGACAUGAUGACACUGGAGCAGCGUACAGCCUGGGCUGACUACUUUGAGGAGACUGGCGUCAACUACAAGUUCUUCUCGGCUGAGUUGGCUAAGGAAAUGAACGAGGCAAGGGAACUCGCAGAAGAGGGUGCUGAGUCGCAGGAGGAUUCGGAAGAAGAAGAGGAAGAGGAACAGGAACAGGAAGACGAGGAGGAAGACGAGGAAGAUGUCGAAUCCGAGGACGACGGUCUCGCGAAAGAGGCCAAGAAGAUUGAUUUGCAAGACAAGCAAGAAGAGAAGGAGGAGACAGUCGAUACUCCUGGCGAGGGCAUCCAGCUGGCGGACGGCGACGAACGAACCCGGAUAUUGACAACCGACGAACUUGAGGCGCUCUUCCUUGCACAUGCCCCCGAGAUCGAUACUGGACCUGACGGUCAGCCUCGCAAGACUUCCAUUGGUCUGGUCGGUUACCCCAACGUUGGUAAAUCGUCCACUAUCAACGCCCUUAUCGGCGCAAAGAAGGUGUCGGUCUCAGCCACACCCGGAAAGACGAAGCACUUCCAGACCAUCCAUCUCAGCGAAAAGGUCGUCCUUUGCGACUGUCCUGGUCUCGUGUUCCCUAGUUUCGCAGCUACCAAGGCUGAGCUCGUUUGUGCUGGUGUUCUUCCCAUCGAUCAACUGCGAGAAUACACCGGACCUGGUGGCCUUGUUGCACAGCGCAUUCCACAGCCCUUCCUUGAGGCUAUUUACGGUAUGAAGAUGGAGGUACGCCCGCUCGAAGAAGGCGGCACUGGUGUUCCUACAUCGGACGAGGUGCUGCGCGCUUACGCCAUUGCACGUGGUUUCCAAACACAAGGUCUUGGCCAGCCAGACGAGUCGCGAGCUGCCCGCUACAUCCUGAAGGACUACGUGAAGGGCAAGCUGCUCUUCUGCCACCCACCUCCAAGGGACCCGCCUAUAGACCCCAAGCAUUUUAACCGUGAGCUCUACGAUGCUGCGCAUCUGCCCGAGAAGCGCCGCGCACGUCUUGCGCGUAUCACCGAAGCCGCCGAGGCCGAGUCCCUGAUGGAUGAUGAUGAGUUUAGUCUUGCUCCCAAGACAGGUGAGAAGUCGCAACGCAUGGACAAGAAGUUCUUCGGCCCUGGGCAGGGCAUGGCACAUGUCAACAAGCCUUUCAACUACAAGUACAGCGAACAGGGCAAGGAGUUGAGCGGCAGGAAGUUAAAGCAAAUGACUGCGCUCAACAUGGACGUUGACCCAACGGAUCUGAGACUGAACAGCAAGAAGCACUUCAAGGCGAACAAGAGGAGGGCGAAGAAGGUGCGAUCCGAGUAUGAGUAAGAGACGGGGUAUGACUUUGUUGGACUUCAAGGGCUGGACAAGAAUAAGUGAGCAAUGUUCUGCCUCACAAUUGCAUGGUCGGUGUUCUGGGUCUGUUUAUGUUGCAUGAUAGUCUAUUUG